GAGCCUACCCUGCUUGCCUGUGCCCCCAUGUCAGGAGUCCGAGAGUUUGGGGGGUGGCUUUUAGCUCCAUUUUACAGUGCAGACGUAGAGGAAAAUACGACCACCUGUAACACGCCAGGAGGCUCUGCUUUGCCUGCCCCUUUUGUGGCGUGGACGGGAGCGGAGGAGCAGAAGAAGCAGAGCCACGCGACUCCCUUCCCCUCCCGUAUCGCGUCACGUACGUACACUGUAAAAAGGAAGAAACAACGGGGUGACCAGGGGAGGAGAAAAAUACAAGGUGUAUUUAUUGCCGAGGAGGGGCGGGCGGGACGCCGGGGCGAGAUGUCGCGGCUGGGAAGAGUGCUGGCCCGUAUCAAACAUGCACAACUCAAUCUCACAAAAUGGGCAAGCCGACACGGCGGGCAUUUUCCCACAGCAAAAGGAUAACGCACACUGGCCACUCAGCCACUUGACUGGCACAAGCAAGGGAUAUGAACGAAAGCAUGAGAAACAAACAUGCGCCAGCCCGCCAGCCCCAAAGACAAAGAACGGAAAGGGAAACACUGCAGCAGCGAACUGGGAUCCAGGUAGUAGGCCUGGCCUGGCUGUGUCCUUUUUUUGUGCGCGUGUUUGGUGGCUCCUGGCAGGCGUGGACUUGACUGGCCCACAUGCCAGUUGCGAAACUCAAGUCUGUUGUGCUCGGCCGUCACCGAGAUGAAUGGGAAAAAUAAAAAAGUUCACCGCACAAAACUGGAAAAUCCUUCGAGUCGGUAGCGUGUCACGGAGCACGAGAAGGGACGAGAGAGGGGAUCAUCCUUGUGUCGUCUGGUUUGGGACGGCUCCAUAGAUUGCCCUUUUGGAUCCUGUGGCAUUCUUCUCCAAACCACGUCGUGUCGAAUCGUCCUGCCACUUUUCCUGUCGUGGUUUAAUUGACCCCCCCUUGGACGGACGCGGACGUGGCAGACACAAAGCACACCAUGAGGAAGAAGAGGAGGAGGAAGAGGAGUAGCCGAGAUUCUCCCCAGGUUCGGAGCGCUUGGUCCCUCGACUGCCCUUUUCGUAAUAUCUACCCCAUGCUCAUGGUGCAACCCAUCCCGACGAACCCGUCGCCCAUCACAUCACGGUCUGGCUGGCUGCCCUGCGUGCUGCAGGAGGGCGCACGCACAAAUCUGGGCCCUGGCUGGGGAGCUGCUUUCGCGCCCAUCGCGAAGCAAGCGUGCGGGGGUGCUGCUGAUUGGGCAGCGGGUGCUUUAGCGAGCGCCCAACGGCCAGGCCUUGCUCAUCAUGUUCUGCCCUCCAUGAGGCCACCACACCCCCUCAUCCCGAUCCGUGCUUGCUUUCUCUGCUCCUGGGAAAGGGGGAAGGAACAUCCGCCUUGGAAGGCUAGAAGCGGUCGGCCAGACCGGUCGCAUGGCUGGUCGCCCAAGGCGAUCGAAAAGAAACAAGCCGAGCUAGCGCGGCGACAGCAGGGGAAUGGCCCCAUAUGAGGGUCUCUCCAGGAUGGGCUAGAGGGAGACGAGAGAGCACAGCACAGACGCAGCAUCACGGAACAAUUCAAAUCGGCAAAUCAAUGAUGGCCAAUCCACCAAACUCCCCCAACAUGAUACAGGCGGUGACCACGACGUUAUUCUUAGCAACACC